CCAUGAUCAUCCUCGCCCUCGUCGCCGCAGACGGCGUCAUCCUCGCCGAGCACCACGACGAGGCGCACGCGCCAUUCCUCACGGCCGCCGAGACGAUCCUGGCCCGCACGCGCGCCACGCCCGAGAGCGCCGCACGCGCCAGCUAUGCCUUCGAGGACUGGCUCUUCCACGUGCUCACCGACGGCGGCGUGCAGUACCUCUGCUGCGCCGACGACGGCAGCGGGCGCCGCCUGCCGUUUGCCUUUCUCGCCGAGGUGCAGAAGAAGUUUCUCGCCACCUUCGACGCGGCACUCCUCUCGAACCCGCUGCCCGCCGACUUUGCCUCCUUCGCCGGCACGCUCUCCGGCCUCGUGUCGGCCUUCAACCUCUCGCCGAACUCGGACCCCGUGCGCGCGGCACAGGCUGAGCUGGGCGCCGUGCGCGACAUCAUGACGCAGAACGUCGAGCAGCUGCUCAGCCGCGGUGAGCGCCUCGACCUGCUCGUCGACCGCACGCAGGACGUGGCGGCCCAGAGCCACGCCUUUCGGCGGCAGGCGACAACGGUGCGCCGCAACAUGUGGUGGAAGAACGUCAAGAUCAUGGCGCUGGCGGGCGCAUUCCUGACCCUGCUCGUCGUGCUGCUCGUCCUCUGGCUGCAUCCGUGGUAGCCGCCCCGCCUCGGCCCGCGGCUGCCGCGCUGGGCCCAUCUGUUCCUGUCACGCUGUGCUUCCCUGUCAAUGUCUAUACCGUCACCCGCUU